AUGGCAUCAUUUACUGGAAUCCUGCUUGACGUUUCCGGUUCCAUGCGUCGUAGCAUUGGAGAGGGUACUGAUGAAAAAGGAGGACCAUGGGCUCGCUCGAUCUUUGAAGUUAUUGACAACCUUAUCAAAUACGAUAUUUCUUCUGAUAACCAUGUAUUUGCAAUAGGCUUUGGGGCCAGUUGUGGUGAGGAAAUAUUUGAUAUCAUAGGAACUCUGGAACAGAUUCCAAAUCAAGAUACUAAUGUUCAAGUGCCUGUCACCGCUGAUCACGUAAACGAGAUUUUCGAUAUAUUAGAGGGGGCCGGUGCACGUACAAUUCGCAAAUGGGCAGAGGUCGAAGUCGUCAAAAAAGCAUUAACCGAUAAUUUGGCUGUCGUGUUUCUAAACAAGUUUAAGUCUGACCAGUCUUUUCUUAAAGAAUUCGUUGAAAAAAUUCUACCACCAGCUUGUCGGGAUUGGCAGGAACCGGGACCGGGUCUCUAUUUAGGGGCAGCUGGUGCCGCUGCUCUUGCUUUUGGUCCACUCGCGGUAAUACCUGCAGUCUUAACUUUAAAGUUCGGACGACAAGCGGGAAAAAAUGCGUAUUCGUCGGUGGUGACCACUUUUAAGACGGCUACAGUAGCAGACGUCAAAGAAGUAGUGGAAAAGGCCAAAGCCUAUUUGCUCAAAAAAGUAGAUGUUGAUUCCAUUUUCAAUGUUCAAAAAGCCUCAGAUGUUGUGCAUGGAUGCGUCGGUGAAAAAAAACUCACUAAAGAAAGGAGUCAAGAAUUACUGCACAGCGUCGAACCCUACAUUUACGGCUAUACGCCUUUGUACCAGUCAAUUGAGAAGGCAAUAGAGCUUUUUGAAACAAAAGCUACUAAAUUUCGUAACCACAAAAAGCUGCUGUUUAUCCUGUCAGACGGAUAUCCUUCAGAUGAAGACGUUUCUGAUCCUGAGAGAAAAGACCGCGCUCUCUCAAAAUUGACCACAGCAGGUGUGACAGUAGUGAGCUGCUUUAUCACUGACAUCACACAGAUUGACCCCAAACGACUGUUCAGCAGGAUGGGACCUGACUGGGAUCGGGGUGCAAAGUUCCUGUUCUCAUUGAGCUCAAAAGUGUCAACACAAUCCCUACCACGCACAAUGUUUGUAAAACGGGAUUGGACCAUCGAUAUCGCCAACAAUGAGACACAUCUGUUCUUGCAGGUCAAUCAUCCAGACCACUUACGAGAGGGGUGCGAGGUGGCUCGAAAUGUCGUUUGUUGUCAAGACGCCUUAUGCGACAUGCUUGCAUCCGUUAAUAUAGAUUUCUACAUCAAUCAAGAAGUAAAGGACUGUAAAGCAAAAUUACAAGAAGGGGAUACCUGCGCUGCAAAUGCAGCUGCUACAGUGCUUCAUUUGUCCAUGACAAGAAUUCGUGGACGCGAAGGUGGAUGUCCAGAUUUCUGUACACUAAGAGACGAAAUUGUCAAACAAUUUGAUGUUGAAAAGUAUCCAAAGGGUGUUCCGACCAUCCAUGUGCUACAGAAAAUGUGCCCGAAGUAUCGCCUGAGGUGCAAGCGAGUCGACCACAAGGGAGCCAUGAAAGCAGUCGCUUCAAGUCGGCCAGUGGUGGCAACAUUUAGGCUCACUGAGAAGGAGUGGGAUAACUUUGAAGAUUUCUAUGAAAGUAACCCAAAAGGCAUUUUGACGAAGAAGGAGAUCGAUAUAACAGCCCGUCGUCCCAAAACUCCUGACUUUGGCCAUGCAGUUGUGUUAACCAGUUUCGACAGUGAAUGUUUGCGACUGCUGAAUUCCGGGGGAGACGAAUGGGGGGACAUGGGUUUUUUUCGAGUGCAGAAGGCAGACGUUCUUGGAUUACAAUUCAUCGACGUUUAUUGGACAGAAGAUGAUUUGAAAGAGGAAGAAAAAACCUAUUUGAAGAAAUUUGGAUCCAUCAAUGCCGGGAUAUUAAUGGAAUUGUUGCCAAGUCUUAAGGAUGCUGAAUACACGUGCCCCAUUGCCGAAUGCAGCAAGAGAUCGCCAGUGGUGGACUUUACCGGAACUUUGUCACAGGUAAAGUGUCCCAAAUGUGGCAAGGAGUUUUCUACAAAGAAUGCCCAGGAAGGGAACAUUUUGGCUCUUAACAUUUAUCUCACUUCUUUAAUCAGAUGAGUUUUCUAACUAACUGAAGACUCCUUUGAAGAAAUGACAUCUAUGACCAAUCAACGACAAGAAUAUGUACAGCCACCGAAAUGAUCCCGACUCCGAAAUGAUUCCCAAUUAAGGGUUGGGGAUCCUCUCGGGGUCGGGAUCAUUUCGGGGGUUGUACAGAUACCCAAUUACUGAAAUAAUUCGAGAUUCGACAUCGACAUGCGUUUUUUUACUAAGAUAUAUUUAAAAAACGUUGAUAGAAAUCAAAUGUAUAUUCUGUAUUUCUUAGCUUUACAAUACUUCUAAGACCUACCGUUUUAGCAAAGCGAGGUGUGACCCGGAAUUCCGUAGAAUAAUCCCGUGGACGCCCUAACAUUUAGAAGUGACAUAAGAGUGGGGGGUCUUUUUCAUAAAGAGCAACCAGGUUCGUGCAGAGACUGGCAUUUCAGUGGUGUAGCUAACGAUUCCCCAGAGAUACACGAAGUUUUCUUAAUCAGCCUUACCCCGUCUUCUAUUAAACCUUUUUCAUGCGGGUGCAUAACUUGAUUGAAUAUCCCCUUUUUAUGGAAUUUUGAGAAAAUUUAUGAAAUAAGAAAACAAAUAAAUGCAGGGUCCAGCAUGACUUGUUUUAGGACGGCUAGUUGCUUCUUUUCAGUGUAAAUAUUCCUUGAUAAGUGCUUACUUGAAACUUUCCAUGCUUAUAUGUAUCAGGGCUGUUUUUUGUUAAACUAGCAUAUUCCAGGUAAUAGGUAUCUCGGCUGUGGAGCAAAUCUGUAAAAACGUGUCUUGGUUAUUGUUAGUUUUUACACUAGAUGAAUAUAUUUCUUUUCUCGUAAUGUAAGAAACUAACUUUUUAACAGUUUCAGAAGUUUUGGAAUGGUCCCUUCCUCGACGGAUGCGGCGAACUGCCGACAGCCGAAAUUAACUGUCUCAGCGUUGAAUAUUUACUAGAUGCUAAUAAGGGUAAAGUAAAUUAAAGUUUGAGAGUCCUCGUGCUUACGUACACUUUUCUCCCUGGAUCCCAGCCACUUACUGAAGUAGCCUGACUAUAUAACAAUUUUGGAAAGUGUCAUUUAUCCUACUAUUUCUUUUGCAAUGAGGUGACCGUUCAUGAACAAUCAAAACGUCUCUUAACUGCCUUGGGUCAACUCAGAGUUGACAGAACAAACUUUUGUUUGAUCAGAAGAGCACUUUAUGUAAAACAUACUGAGAUAUACACAACAAAACACUAUGUCGUAUAAACCUUUCAUACGCAAAUGACUUUUCGAAAGUUUUUUCUGUCGAAAAAAGUUAACAACUAUUCGGAAAUUGGACAGUACAUAACAAUUGCGUAUACAGUGUAUUUCAACGUUAAAAGAGGAAAAUUGUAGAUAGCAUGCAAAACAACAGUGGAAAGGGAAAAGCAAGAUAGAGUUCCACUAUUUUGUCUUUUGUUAUACAAACCGAUCUUUUCACUAAAAUUGCCACUGAUUGGGCAUUUGAUCUUUACCUGUAGAUUCAGAAGACCAAGUUAUAAGACUACUUGUAAUAAAAUUCCUACAUUACAUUAUUUUAAAAUUCUUAAUAGUUUUCGAAAUAUCACGUAGUUUUCUUUGCCAUUUCAAACUGUGUAGCUGCUGUUUUAUUAUUUAAGCUUUUUGGUAAGAUUUAAAAUAAAAGGCUGUCAAAAUACUUUAUGUCUGAUUAUGUAUACAACAAAGAUAAUACCACAAGGAAAAUACCCUAACUGAUUAGACCCUUAAAGGAGACGGCAAGCACAUGAAGCACACCUGUUCCAUUUCGGGAUCUCCAAGGCUUCCCUUCCCCCUCCCCCCACCCCCCACCCCUUAAGAGACUUUUCUUUUCUCAUUUUUGAGGGAGUUAUUUAACUUGCUUUAUCGUUCAGGGUUUUCAAUUAGAAUACGAGUUGUCCCUAUUUUUUUAUCAGGGAUGCUAAAUCAAACGAAUUACUCUCGCGCACUUGAGAAUCACCGCGCGGAAGGAGAAGCGAAACGCGAAGAAAGGAGAAGAGGAAAAAAUUUCUCUCUUCCCUCCGCGUGUCAGGCCUGUUUCAAACUUCGUUAUACUGCCUCCCUGAAGUCAACUGAUCCAAUUAAAUUCGACUUUGGUACGGCAGUAGCACGAUGUUUGCAACAGGCUUCACCUUUCUCGUGGGUAGCGGUUUCUUCGCGCGCUCUCGCGUAUUUCAUUCACUCUACUAUCCCUGAGGGAAAAUGAGGACUACUCCUAGGCUAUAGUUCUUGACAAACAAGAUAAGCUUGAAACGGAUUUCUAUUUUCAAGCAAUGGCAGUCGGUUCUAUGCAACUUACGUACAUGUGGCAAAAGAAGAAUUAAAAAAAGGAGCGGUUAUCGAUGUUAGCAUACUUAAGUAAAACUUGUUACGUCAGUUUAUUUUUACCAACUGUCAGUGUAGCAAACAAGAGGAGAGCAUGAAUGACACAAGGUAGACAUACUGACUGAGGACACUUGUUUUAUUGUUGUUCCUUUUGGGAAAAUCAUUAAGACCAUCGGCAAGUUUCUUGUGAUCGCGGCUUUUUGCUUUACGUUGAUUGUAUUGCUCUUAUAUCAUGACGAUCUUAACGCAUUCAGCAAAAAUCAAGUCUUCCCUCAGAGUCGCUUAAGGCUUCAAAGCAGAGGUACGAUGCUUUGUCCUUGUGAGAAGGAAAUUGUCACAAAGAAGGAGAUGCUUCAUUCAAGCGAUAUCAUGCAUUGUUAAAAAAUCUUCAACAACACCAACGAUGACAACAGUUUUAAACAACAUUUUUAAUUUAUUUAAACAUCGAACAUUUCUGAAAACAAGGGUAAGGUUGAAAGAUUUCCAGUUUUGAUCCUAGUUCCAUCCAGUCCUCUGAAUUUUCAAAACAGAAACGUGAUACGGCAAACUUGGGGCACCGAUCACAACACGAAUAAAUCUUGGAAACCAAUGUUUCUGUUUGGUCAAGCACGACAUCCAUCAGCAAAUAAGUAUUUAGUCAAUGACGCAGCAAUACUGACAAGGCGAUCUUGUACAAGGAAGCCAGAUAGACUCCUACUACGAUCUUACGUUGAAGGCUCAAAUGGGCUUUGAUUUUGUUUUACUCUUAUAAAGGCUUAUGAUCAUGUCUUUAUCAACCCCUUCAUUCUGAUAGCUCAUUUUUCUCAAACGCCGAAAAGUAAGCUUUAUCUGGGAAACUGUUGUUUAAGGCGAGAAUAUCCGAGAAGGGAGGGGAAGUGGGCGCUGUCAUACUGAGCUGUUGCCAAGAUUUUGCUUAGGUCCAGCAUAUGUUUUAUCUCAUUACCUUGUACGAGCUUUUGUAGGGGUUUUUGAUACCAGGAGGCCACUAAAGCUUGAAGAAGUUUAUAUGGGGUUGCUGGCGAAACGCUUUGGUGUAACGCCAAGGCGUCAUCGUGGAUUCAUGACAGAUUCAUUGAAUGGAAGAUUUUUUUCCUUUCAAGCCUUGUUGCUUUAUCAUUAAAAUGCAUUGUUAUACUCUUUGACUACGCAUUACAACAAAGAUUUCGUGAGAUAGCUUAUCAGGGGCACCCAACGAGAAUAUAGUUCAAAAUCACUUAAACAUGGCAUUGUUGAAUGUAUUUUAGCAUUUAAACGGUAGAUAUAGGCAUAUUUUUAUCCCCUAAAAAUUUUUCAUCUGUUCGGAGUCUAGUGAUCCGAAAAUUAUGGGGAUCAAAACUUACCUUUUCGAAAAUUUCAGCCAGAAAAAAGGCUCCCAAAAAUUCUAGGUGACCUUUUUAGGGUAAAAAUCCGUUAAAAAUGGGCAAUUAUAUCUCUGUUUUUUAGAUGUUCGAGGAGAGGCAGGCAAGCAAGAAAUUUUACAACAAAUGUUCCGAAAAUUCUAGAUCUCAAAUCGUCUUCCGAACAAAUAUUUUCCAAAAAUUCCAGUUGGGUGCCCCUGGCUUAUUCAGAACAUACCAUAACAAACUUGAAAAAGCACAUAAGUAGGCCAGCCAAGUGGGCUUAAGUUCGCGAGCAGUGCCGUAGAACGUAUUUCGAAGGCGAGGAAAUGACUAUGCAAAAUUUCUUUUAGUGUACAGCAAAAUUAUUCUGUUACAGAAUCAAGGGACUCAGGAAAAUCGUCCGCUAUAACUAAACUCAAGUACAAUAUUACAAGCGUUUAUUUUCCUGCACGUAUCGUCUAGUGAGCAAAUAAGUUUGUUGAAAAUACGUACGUGUCAACAUAGCAUUUUAUGUUAAAAACAUAGAGAAUUAAAAAUAUAUUUACAACGACUAGAUUUAUCAUGAAAAUACAAUACACAGGUGCAAAUGUGACUAUAUGAUACUGUUGUAUCAUCUGCGUAGAAUCUUAAAGACAUAUAAGUAACGAACAAAUUCAAAUCAUUAAUAAAAAUGUUAAACAGAAGGGGCCCAAAAAGGGAACCGCGAGGUACACAAACUCAAUGUGGUCUGGGUUCAAAUCCCGGCGUCCACGCCAUAUGGACGCCAUAUAGUCCAGUCAAAUUGUGGUUUAGCAUCAAACUAAUUGCAACAGAAUUUUUUCAAAAGCCAUUUAAUUGUUGGAUGGCUAUUUAACAACAUACUAAAAAUCCGUCAAAAUCGGUUCGCUGAAACAUGACAAAAUUUGGCAAUAAAGAUUUUUAACUUUCACCACAGGAGACCCAAUGUCAGGAAGAUCACAGAUUCAGACAAAACAUCUGACAAUUGUGUGUUUUUUGUUUUUCUCAGGAGUUUUUAACAUCGCUAAUGUAUUUUGGGUAUUUUUGUUUUUUUGUUUUUUUUAAAAAAACGCCGACUGAAUGGGUCAGUGUUUCGUUUUGAUGGCUUUGCACAGGUUACCCAGCCACUCGACUAUCUUCACAUUCUGUUUUUUUUUCUAUGACGGUAUUUAAAAGGGAAAUUAUUAGUCAGUCUGUGUUAACAUGAUUAAAAAUAUAAAUAAUUAAUUUUUUUGCGGAAUACCACAAAUUCAGUAAGUGUUUUAGCAGUUUUACUGGCUUGUAAUUUUUUAUAUCCUGCAGCAUGGAGGCAAAUUGAGUAGAUGACUGAUUGUGAACAGUUUGAUUUGAUACAUUGUUCACCUUCAAUCAGCUACUAAAUUUGCAUUUAUGCUGAAAACCUGCGACUAAAUAUGUGCGACGGACGAUAGCUUUUUAUCAGUACAAACUGUUUAACCUAUUCUCAUUUUCUGUAAUCGAGUUUUUUGACGUGCGGUUAUGUUCAAUCCUUGGACACAAUGGGCCAAAUAUUUAAACGUCGUUUAGCCAGUGUUUAACAAAACCGCGUUUUAAGUCAUUUGCAAUUUGCCCAACGAUUUUACCUAAACAUCAUUUACUGUGAACAGUUUUAUGAAAGCAUAUAGAGAAGACUAGAAAAGCAAUUGAAAAUGACUUAAAACGCGGUUAAGUAAAACACUGGCUAAACGACGUUUAAAUAUUUGGCCCAUUGUGUCCAAGGAUUGAACAUAACCACACGUCACAAAACUCAACCCAACAAAGAAGAGACCUGGAGGUUCAAAGAUUCGUUAAACCGCGGCGUAAGUUAGACUUCGUUUAUGUGUGAUCGAAAACAAAGAUUCUUUUUUUUUUUCUGGCGAAAAGCGCAACCUCCUUUAGAAUUAUGGCUCCGUACUUUACAAUGUGAGUGAAAAAAUAUUCUGCCAAGGACUCCGUCGGUUUGCUUUUUGCUAGAUAGUAACGCUCUGCGCCUUUCAUUACGCCUGGGCCGAAUCUGUUGUAAGGGAAAUCGAGAAAUGAACCAAGUGCAGUGUGAUUGUUCCUUUUUUUAUUUUCUUCUUGUAGCGAGUCUCAGAUUUGGUUUAGUGUAUCUGUGUGUUCAGUUUGUAUUUUCUGCGGCAGCCCUUCAUUUCUUGGUAAGAUGAGUAAGUAGAUUUUAAUCGCGCUGUGGUGUAAAGGCGUUUAUAUUCCGUCCUUGCAUUUCUUUUGUGAGAACAACCCUGAACCUUGACCAGUUUUUUUUUUCUUCCAUUGGCAAAUGAAGACCUCUUUCUCUUUAACGAUCAUGGGAUCGAUCCUACACGUGUGAAAAUAAUUGCGGCAGUCAAUGAAGGCGCAAAACGACAUUAAUGGACUUACCUGACUUAGCUUCUAAUGGCUCACCUCUUUUUGCGAACCUAUGUUUCUCUUCGGAUGAGCGUUGAGUAAAACUUCAACUUACUGCAUGUUAACCUUCUGACUAAGAUGCGAGAAUUAUGCUCUGCGUGGGGAAUUUCCAUAACUCCAAAGACUCUUACGAGAUAUGUUUACAUAUACGCAUUGGUUUGGCUACCCAGAGUUAAUCUUGCCCUUAAAAACAAGCUUCCCUAUUACACUAUUCAGUUUUCUUGAAACAAACGUUUGCUGGAACCAAAGUUCUUAUGCGAUGAAUGUUCUGUUAACCUCUUUAAUUUUUUUUGCGAAGGUAACUGUAAAUGACAUCACAACAAGCUUUAUUGAUUUAAUCAUAUGAUAUCUCUCGCUUUAAGCUUUUCUGAUUCGUUAGUUUCAUUUCCUUAGACAACCCCUAUUUUUACGUAGAAAACGCAUGGUCUGUUAACUUAAGCUUUAGUUGGAUUUCAUCCUCUUCAUGUGUACAUCGUUGUAGUCUAUUUGGAUAGUUCAUUUCUUGGUACUUAGAGGCCAGCGGGAACCGAUAUGUAAGUACAUUUUAUCUUCUGUAGUUUUGUCUAUCUGGCAACUCACAAAGUGUAUUCCUGCAAGAAGUUGUUGUAAUACUCAUUAUCUCGUACCAUUACGUGACUACGCCUUUUUGAGUGCCAAGUAGGUUUUUAACUUUUAGUUCGGCGUGAGAAUCUCAUUUCUUUUAGUUUAUUUAGUUUUCGUGCCUUUGAAAACGUAGUCCGUUCUCAGAUUUAUUUUGUUAGUUUCUCAGUAUAGUAUUAUUUCGCAGGAAGCAACCAUUAUUGUUUUGGGAAGGUUUCUUUACUCUAACGUACCCAAAUUUAAGUUGAUUUUGUUCCUUUCAUGAAGUAUAUUUGGUCUAAUAUUCUAGUUGGUAAAUUUAUUAUUCCUGUAUUUCAAUAAGUAUAUUUCUUUUGUCUUAUUACGCGUUUUGGCAAGGUUUUUACACCGGAACGGCUACGAAAAUGAAAAUAUGAUUGGAAUGUUAGCAAAAUGGUAUAUUAUCUGUUAGCCAAACUAUAAUAAUUGUAAUUGUACUUUAGCUUUUAGUAAUUAUUUGUUACGUUGCAUUAUAUUUCAGAUUACGGUUCGAUUAUCGUCAAUAAAAUCACCAUCAAGAACUAGCUCCUAGUUUCGUGAUCAUAGUUGAUUCAUGAUCGACCAGUAAAAUAUACCCGCUCACACGGAGUUUCGCCGCCACAAAUAGUUUUAGCCGCGUGACAAUUGGCUUCUCCUACAGUCGCAGCGUAUCAUCCGUUACAGUAACCCACAACACUUUUCCUUAAAUGAAAACACAUUUCCCUCUUAUCAAAUUCAUAGGCAUUGGAGCUUAACCUGAUCAAAAACUCUGCAUUGCUGUACAUCGUAAAGAAUUAGUAAAACGAAAAUUAAUGUAUAGAUAACCGUAAAAGCUAAAGCAUUAUCUUGUUGUAUUUUUGAAAACGUACCGAACAAAAAUUGCAGUCCUUUGACUGAGAAAAAACGAAGGCAAAAUGAGUCCGAAAAUCCUCCUAGAAAAGAACAAUAGAAGGGAAAAUAGAAAGAGCGAGGAGAAAGAAAGGAGGAGAAAUUGAAAAGAAGCAAUGGCUGUACUCUUAGUUUAAAAAUGUUUGAGGGGAGACCUCUAUUUUGACUGUAACGUUCAUUAAAAAUCCAACUAGAUUUAUACUUUUCUUACCCUUGCGGCUAACAGAAAUCUGAUAAAAAGGAUAUAUUUUAAAAGCUCACGAUUUGGUAGCGCCUUUAAUUUUUUAGAUUUAAAGCGUUGCGACUAAAUUUGUUGUAGUUUUACAGCUAACAGUUCACUCUAUUACUCUGUGCAAAAGCCAACCGUGUUUGAUAUUUAUCCUUUUUGCAAAAAAGCAACACUUGGUAACAGUUAUUCUUUCUUCUGUCACUUUUCCAUAAAAGUGACAAACACAUUUUGCGCAUUUUUUGUGUGAACGUAUAAUUUCAACUAACGUGGGUGCCCUGUGUUAAAAGCUCAAAUUGUUUAACGCUUAAUUUUGACAUGUUCCACCGAACGGACUUUAGUGGAUUUUUAGGAUGUUGUUAGAUAGGCCACCCUUACUUAAAUGGCGCUGAAAACAAUUCUGUUGCAAUUAGUUUGAGAGGGUCUCAAAGGGGUUAACCGAUAGGCGUAAAACGACCAAAAAUUUAGUCGAUAGCCGGAAAAACUGAAAAAUUUUAACCGUUAGCCGUAAAUAGGGUAACAAAGAGUUAACCGUAAAAGAAAUUGUUCCCUAGAUUUGCUACUUUUAAGGAAGGUGCUAAACUCAAUUAUGGUUGCGUUUUUGUAUUUCCCGGCUAGUGUCACUCGCACUUUAGGCGAAGCGCCUUUUGGGUGUUGACCAAGACCUUAGCUCCAUUUCCGCCGCUCUCUCGGGGAACUAAUUUUUUUCCAUAGCGAAAGUGUGGUUUCUUGCUGGGGAUUAAUAUUUGCGAUUUUCAGGAGGUCGUGCCCUCGAAACACAAGUGAAACAACACGCAGCGAUGUCACUGUAAAAUACGUUGCCGAUAAACAACAUCUUGUUUUUCUCUGACGCUACGGUAGACAUUGCCAUGCCUAGUCCCUGUACGGGGUCUUCCCACGCAACGUCGGUCAAGGUAUUUCGAUGGCUAACUCGCUCGGACCACGUGACCCGAAACGCAUUAGCCGCGCGAAAUAAUGAGGCCUACGGACAAGGCAAAGGCAGACAGUCUUUCCGUACAGUCCUUCGCUAUCAUUAAAAUACUGGACACAGGGAAUUUUGUUUUGGCCGUCUUCUCACUAGAGCUAGACAGACCGCCCCUUCUCCGAUUUUUCUCCGAUUUUUUCUGAGGGAAGGGGGCGGUACACAGGCUUUCUGGAACGGAUAAUCCCGUCUUCAAACUGUCCGUCCAAAUUGACGGAUAAAGUCAGGCGAAUUGUUCAUUCAAAAUUAAAACUGUUCCAUUUUCAAAUUAAGACGUAUAACCUAUCUGACGCGAAUCAUCAAACAGUUAACCCGUCUCACACGAAUGAUCCGUCUAUGGUGUGAAAACGGCCAUUUCUGUUGUAAUGAAUGUUGCGCCCCGGCCUGGAGUUGGGCGUUCGGGUGUCGCUUUUGCUUUUUCACAAAGAUUAUUUUUAAAUUGACUAUUGACAUUUCUAUGGGUACAGUAAUGUUAGAAGUGGAAUACUUUAUAAAAAGGAUGAUCUAUCAAAUGUUAAAAUUUUUCAAAAGAAUAGCUUAUUUCAUAUCCCGAGAUGAGCCGGAGACCUUUAUUUUGAUUUAAAGAUAUAAAAAAUACAGGUUAAUUAAUAGUUAACUUUUUGAAACAAAGGAAGUUAAUUUUAACUUUUUUGUUAACCGUAACUGAAAAAAAUUAACCGAUAGCCGUACAAGAGCCAAAAUGUUAGCCGAUAACCGUAGAAGCCACCACCCCAUUGGAACCCUCGUUUGACGUUGAGCCUCGAAAAUACCCAGAUUGACUGGAUUAAUAUGUGGGUUGAGUUUGUUGUUGGUUCUCCCCUUUGCUCCGAGAAGUUUUUCUUCGGGUCCUUCGGUUUUCUCUCUCUUCAACAACCAACGCUUCCAAAUUCCAAUUCGAAAUGAAACGCACGGACACGUUUCAAAGAGUUCUCAAGAACUCCUUAGUUCUUCGGCUCGUGGGCAAACAAAUUAUAAAAAAAAUGUACAACUUUCACGAUUCGUAAAUCGGCUUUAAUCUUGCUAGGAGUUUUUUCAGUUUUGUUUAGGUUUUUAUCAAGUCCAUACAGAGUAAAUAUGUAAUCAAAAUACAGGUAAAGUAAAAUCCACAGGCAAAUUGUCGUAUUGAAUCUGACUUGUAUCCAGACAUCUUUCUCGGAGCAACCGACGGUGAGACCCCUCUCCAUGAUGCCUCCGUGCCGCCCCCUUUUCAGUCAUUUACCUUGUCUCGAUGCCUUGAUGGUCCUCGAUGCGUAGCCGCAUAUUGCUCAAAAGAUUAUUAUCAAAUCUUUCAUUUCUAGUUUCGAUUAUUGAAAAUUGUUAACCCCUUAAACCAGUAAACAAAAUUCUAUGGUUUGAUGGCAGCGCUUUUGCUUCGAACAGGCUAUUUGCUUCCCUGUUCUUUGACAAAAUGAAACUGAAACAUAUUUUUACACUGAAGAAUUUAGAUUUGGGGCAGUGGGAAAAGGUUAAGUGCUUAUGCUAGAUGUCGCGCCAUCCAUUAGUGAAUCCAGAUAUUUCUUUUUCAGGAUGUCGAUCAACGUUUUUUACAGUUUGGUUUUUAAAUGCUUAUUUGCUUUUCUUAUUCGUCUGUCUAGACGCUAAUUCAAGAAAAACAGACACCAAGUGGAAAGCAAUUAUAAUAACAGUUUUUAUUAUAUUAUGUUAUACACGGUCGAAUAUAUACGUGAGAGUUUUUUUAAAAAAUGAUAAUUAUUCGUUUAGUUAUUUUUGUUAAAAAAGAUAGUUUUAGGGGGUUAUCAACCAGGAUAUUCUCAAGUUUCUUCCUCUUUCAGCCUCCAUAUAUCUCAAAUUUUCCAUUUUUUUACCAUGUUAUUUAUGAAAAUAUUUGCGACGAAUAUUAAUAAGCCAUACACCAUAACAGCGACACAGAUGAGAGUUUUAGGUAUGUUUUUUUCUUUGUCUGAGAAUGUGUGUAAUCAAGCUGCAAAUAAACCAGUUCCCGCUUUUGUACUCUAAAGGUAUGCCUAUAAAGUGUACAAUCGUUUCCCCUUUGCCCCAAUUUUCAUAACAGUGGUUAGGUCGGUAUAUAGGGCAAAAAACAUUGUAUAACUAAAAAAAGGUCAUCAUUGGGUCAACGGUUCGCGCCCUCUCCCCGUACAAAAACAUAUGCAAAGGGCGGGCCAAAAUAAGAAGGCCUGGUUACAAAAUCGGCUUGUAACAAAAUGCAUCCAUCAAACAAGCAAGGCAAAUUUUACUUUAAAACUAGGUGUAAAACAUGUGGAAUCAGAAGAAGCCAAUCUUCUGUCGAUUUUACGCCGAAAAAAAUUAUGCCUGUAAAACUUUUUUUUCGUCUAGAAUAGUAAAGAUCACGAAAAGCGUUUUAGCCGAGAUCUGUUUCGGUGUCCUGGAUAAAUCUCGUAAUGCUUUGUUUCUGUUCUGUUACGGUUAGGGUGAGAAAACCAAACAAAGAUGACUUCUCAUAAAACAAACAGACAACCGUUUAUGGAAAUUCCCUGUAGUAAGGGUGUACCAGACUGCAGAUGUUUAGUUUAGGACUUAAAGGAUGUGAUACAGAUCUUGCAUUUUAAGUUAUCCCAAGCGAAAGUCACUGAUGCGGCCUAAGGACAGUCAAUUGAGAGCGAGUUGCUGCGGUUGAAGCAUGAAUUGAACUGAAGGAGUUCAAUACAACUUACGAAAUAUUGAUUUGGCCCAGCUCCUGCUGGAAAACACUUUCAGGUAGACCUGUUUCUAUAAAAGUAUGUUUUUAGUUGUUUUUGCGUCGACUGCAAAGCUUUCUCCAUUCUUUCGGCAUUACGAAACUAGUUCCGAAAUCCUGGAAACUGAAAAGCACAACAUCUGAGAACAGUUUGAACUGCUUGUUCAGUUUCUCUUUAGACUUCGAAUUAAUUUGUCGGAGCAUUAUUACCGUAAAUGGUCCAAUAGACGCUAUCUAUAAAAAAUGCCUCUUGCCUAGUAUUCAACGCCUCGCUCUCUCUGCUGCGGGAACAAGAACAGUAAAAAUGUUUUCUUUCGCUCGAUUAUGAUAUCACUUGAAAAAAAGCGUCUCGACUUGUAAAUUUCCGGUAAACAAAGCGAUUAAGUUCGGACCAUGCUGAGAAGCGCCCUACUUGUGAUUGGUCACGUUUUGACAGCUGACGUUAUCGGAUUAGGUGAGAAAAUGGUGGGAGGAAUACAAACACACAGGUUCUUACAGCAGGUGCUCCCUUCUCUUUUCCCCUUCGCCCUUUUCUCCCUUCCCCACACCCCCACCCCUCCCCUUUUUGCGUCUGCCACGCGGGCUAGCUCUGUACACUCGGUACAGCCUAUACAGUCGGUACAGCCGGUACAGCCGGUACAGCCGGUACAGCCGGUACAACCGGUACAGCCGAUACACUCGGUACAGCAGGUACAAUCAGUACUCUUCGUACAGCCAGUCCUUCCAAGAGCUGGCUCUUGGUCCUUCCUAAUACUGGCAGCAACAGCUGUCGUCGAAGGAGGAUUCUUUGACCUCGACUUUAAUUUACUUCAUACAAGGCACACACACACUUGCUCGGAUGAAAAUUACUCAAAAGCCUAAUAAACUGAGGAAGAGGGUCCAAAAAGUUGCUUGGCUGUACAAAACUAUGAAAUUGAGUAUUAUCGUGAUGGGAAAUAGUAACCGACUAUCGACCUUGCCUAGUCCCUGUACGGCGUCUUUUCAGGCCCUCUCGGUCAAUGCAAUUCGGUGACGUAUCCGAGACGAACGGCCGGGAGACUCCUAGACAAUCUGGUAGUGCGCAUGCGUGAGCAUUUUUGAAAAGUUCACACGGUCAACUAAAAUAAUCUAUAAAUAACUUUGCGCGUGAAUAUCCUUCGCUAAAGAUCGGCACUAUUGACACUAUUACAAAAGGAGUGUAGCUAAAUGUCGUGGGUCGUGGGUAGUGGGUAGAGGUCGUGGGUCGUGGGUGUGAGUCAUGGGUGUGGGUGUGGGUAAAUGUCGUGGGUUAAAAAAGUAUAGAAAAAAUAAGAAAGUAAAAGUAAAUGAAAAAAAAUAAAUAAAUUGAAAAAGUUGUUAACUAUUUAUGAAACGAAAAUCUCCAACUCCUUGACUGCCCUUUUCGUCACGGCCUCUUCUUAGUCCUCUUCCCGAUAUUUCCUUAGCCACGUGGGACUUGGCUCCCCUUUCACAUCAUCACUGUAUAAAAUACAUUUCAUGUUGCCGAUGAAGAUUUAUCCAUACCUGAACUAUCACCGCGAAAUAAACGAAACAGACGUAAAUUAUACGUGCAAUUUGCAAAAAGUAUGGGUCAACAGCUCUGACUCGCAGAAUGAAAGUAGCUGCUCACUAUUAAUCUUUAUUCGAUUGACAAUUCCAAUGAUCAGCGGAGAUUUUUAACUUGAUAGAAUGCGAUCACCGUAGGAAACGAAAGGGAAAAAGGACAAUUUUGACUGAGGUAUUUCAUAUUUUUGGAUAGUCUUUGUCUUUUCUCUCUUUAAGUCUUUCUUAAAGAAGUUUUAGGCUAGCUAAUAGCUUACAAAGGAAGCACCUUCAUGCUCAACCUUUCAAGUUAAGGCGAGACUGUAUGUAAAUUUAUUGCCGUACAUAAUUAUAAUUUUGUCGAUUCUUUUUUUUUGUUGUUUUGUGUAGAAAAUCCUUGCUGUAACGAUUUUAAAUAUCAUUCCUUUAACCGAAAGGACGUUUCAGUCACAAAUGCUGACUUUUUUGAGAAAAAGCAGUUCAGUCUACCCCCUCUCCAGUUUUCUAUAGCCUAGCUGCUUCAGGUUUACAUAGUGCUAGAGUUUCUUUUAUUUUAGAGUGCGUUUGUACUAAAGGAUUCGCUUAUUUGCUUUGCUGACGGCGGGUAAAGGGAAUAGGACUGGCAUGUAAGCGGAGAUUUCGUUUCAUGAAUUUUACAACUCUUUGCCUAAUUUUUUAAUUUUAAUUUUUUUUUGGAAAACUUUUUUUUUUACCCACGACAUUUACCCACACCCACACCCACGACCUACACCCACGACCCACGACCUCUACCCACUACCCACGACCCACGACAUUUAGCUACACUCUUACAAAAGUAACUAACCUAGUUCGUGUUAUAAAAGAACAAAAAUAUUACUUUGAAUCGGAGAGAAUACUACUGUAUAACGCAGUAGAUACAGGGGUGUUACUUAACAGAGUAACGAAGCAACGAGUAACGAGUAACGGAGUAACGAGAAAACGAGUAACCGGUUAAAACAUUCAAAAGGUUAAAUAAAUAAAAUAAAUAAAUAAAUAAAAAUCUUAAUAAAUAAAUAAAUAAAAGAAAUAAAAAAUAAAACAAAAUAAAAUAAAUAAAUAAAUAAAAUAAAUAAUAUAGUAAAAUAAAUAAAUAAAUCCUAAUGAAAGAAAAAACAUAAAAAUAGUUCUAAAAUCCUAAGAAUGACCUUAUUAAAACAAUCUCGAAAAUUAAGUGUAUUCCAACGACGUCAACCUCCUCCCCACCCCCUCCCCUCCCUCCAACAAAGUCGAAGGUAUUUUCGCGCCGAAAAAGUCACUUGACUGCGGCUGUUAUUUUCUCACGGCCAGGAGGAGCAACCAUGAAGGAAGGUAAGCGACAAAUUUUCUUUCUUAUUGCCACAAUUAAACACAUUUCUUUGUAGAAAUACCUCUGUCCUCUGGGAGAAAACAAGGAUUAAAGUGAUACACUCUGAAUCAUUUAAUUCUUUUUUUGAGGUAGGUAAUACCAGGAAGAAUGAAGAUGUGAAAAAUUAGAGUCCCAGAAUGAUGAAUUUAGAUGAGAAGGAAGAAACAACCUCGUUUCACGCAUGAAAAAUUUAAAAUAAUUUUCAAAAAUAAGCGCCCACAGUACGCUUUGUCAGCGAUAUUCUGUUGCAAGAAGCCAGACUCUCAGCAAAAGAUGGCGAUCAAAACAAAAUAGAGACGGAAAACGUUGCUUUUUUUACCAGAAAUAAUAAGCGAAGUGGUGCUUUUUGUACUGCUUUUAUAGCAAAAAUGGAUGUAUUUUUCCCUCUUUUAUCGAUGAUUUGGUGGCCAUUCAGGGGACGGAUCAUCACGUAUACUUUGAACAUCGAUCGAUGUUUAGAGAGGUCGGCACCACGGAUUCAAAUCAACAAAAUGUUGAAGGUAGGCACGUCUGAGCUUUUUUGAAAGAAUUAGAUAGCUUAAGGAACGGUUCAAAGGUAACGGCCGUUCGUAAAAUGUUUUGCUUGCAGCUCGUUGGCGAACGUCGGAGAGACUGCAAAACUAAACUAAAUAAUGAUAUGGUACGUACACUUUAAAUUUAGAGUCGGGCAAAUGUUGUAUGUGUAGAAGAGCCCUCGUUCCCACUUCUGUCUUCUCCCACUUAUAAUCCCUUCGGGAAAGGAAUGAUCGUGUCUUCUAGACUUGCUUUAACGAUCAAUCUCUUAUAUUACGACCUAUUAGGAGCUGAAAUGGCACUUCCAGACGGUAAUUUUUACAAUCCUGUGUGACUACGAAGAGGGGCCUGCAUUUGGCAUAAGAAGUACUUUCCUUCAUCUUCUUACAAAAUUUAAUUAAUCCAUACAUUAUAGUUAUCACUGAUGUCACGUGUAAGAUUGUGGAAAUGACGACACUUUCAGUUUAAUUACUGGGUGAGUUGAGUGAAACCAAAGACGAUCAACAAUCAAAAAAUUCAGGAACUGUCAAGUUCCUAAGCGCAGAAGAGAACCGAACCAGGUGUACUUUUUAGUUACUUAACCUGACAUCAGGAUUUAUUGAUUUAUUUUAUUAUAUUAUUUGUUUAUUUAUUUUAUUUUAUUUUAUUUUUUAUUUCUUUUAUUUAUUCAUUUAUUAAGAUUUUUAUUUAUUUAUUUUAUUUAUUUAACCUUUUGAAUGUUUUAACCCGUUACUCGUUUUCUCGUUACUCCGUUACUCGUAACUCGUUACUUCGUUACUCUGUUUAGUAACAGCCCUGUAUAACGUGCAAGUAAUUUCUCUUUCAGUCCAUCUUCAAAUGAACCAUUAAAAUGAUAGUCGUUAUUGAUAAAAAGAUUUGAAACAGCAGUUUGUUGUCAUUCUACCAAAUUUAGAGACCAAAUUCUACAGCCUGUCCAAUUAGCUUGAUAAGCUUCCAAAUCCAAAAAUUAAAUUACAUAAAGUAUUUCGAAGUGAAAUGAUAACGAGAAAUUUAUAGGAGCAAGCGAAAAUAGAGAAACGAAAGAUAGCUUGUCAUAUCCAAGAAUAAAUAUAAACUUAUUUCUUUAGCUUACCUUCCGAUUCUUGAUCAAAUAAUUUUUUUUGCGACGCUGUUUUGCUUAGCUUACAAAUCGUUUUUUAGAUGGAAUAAAGUUCAAAUUAGUUUAAUGCGAUAAAUGAAAAAGAAAGGCCAAACGACUUUCAACAAUGAAAACGUGCAUAGAAUAAAAAUGCUCGUUCCUCUGUACACUGUACUCUCCAUGGCUGCUGGAGAUCUUUCAUCAGCUCGGAAAAGUUAUUGACUGCUCGCCCACUUCCAAAAGCUCCGCCCCAAGUGAGACAAAAUGUCUCACUUCUCCGAGUUUGUCUAAGCCUCAAAAACUUUCUCGAACCAGGUGACCCGAAACGCAUCGGCCUUGCAUAAUAAUGAGGCCUAGAGACUAGGCAACUAUCGACCGACUGUCGACCGACUAUCGACCGCUAUAUCGACCGAGACCAACUAUAGACCUCUAUAUCGACCGCUAUAUCGACCGAUAGAUCGGUUGACACUAAGGCUCGUGUUCAGCAGCCGGAAACAGGAGGCAAAUUGUAGGAUAAUAACGUCAAUCCCGAAUGUUAGUCACGUAUCUUAAGAAAUAAGAGCAAUUAAUGCUAGUUGAUCAACGUUGUCCAGACCAAAACGUUUGAUGAACCACACUGGGGGGACACUGAGCUGUUGCUCGACGCCGACCAUAACUUCUCGUUGCAGGGUUCGUGAACCUCUAAUACUCAUUUUAAAGGAAAAGCCAUUUCCAUGAUUAAUUCAGAUAUCUCACCGGCAUCACUGAGAUGUAGAAAAACUCUAACUUUUAGGCAAUAGGAAACUUUUUUUUCGUGUUUGCAUAGCCUGGAGAAAACACUUGAGGAAUUCGAGACAGUUAUCCAAACCCGAGGACAAUGAGUUGAGCUGAGAACAUUCCAGUACUCUCAUAGCCCCAGAAGCUUUCAUAACGUUGCUUGGCAAAACCAGGAAAAAUGUCCUAAAAAUAACGUUAGUCAUCUCAAAAACACCGCAAAAAUCAGAUUUUUGGCAAACUUUUAAUGGUAACUUCAACCGGUCUACACCAGAACAAGUUCCACAGAUGAAAAAUGUAAGUCGCAAAUCUUUCUUCACUAAACUGGCAAAAAGCCUUUCUCGAAAAUAUUUUAUCCUUUUAACAGGGCUUUAGUUUAAACCCUUUUAAUGGUCUGAAGAAGUUCAGCAGUUUUGUUUCAAAUAUUUUAGGUGUCAAAAAAUAAUAAAUGACCACUCGAAACCUUUGCCGCUGUUUUGGUUUAUUCGAAGUAAACAACCGGGAGCUUCUGUUCUGAAUUCUUAGAAAUUUUUGAAAGUGUGCGACGAAGCGUUUCCUAGUUUCUACGAAUCUCAAAGACUAGGGCAAACAAUUGGACCCUUAAUCGGAGAUUAUUAUCGUCUAUUUGUUGUUCAGGAGCAAAAGUCAUAAACGUCAUAAAACCGAAAGAAGAACUCAAGAAACUCAAAGGUGGAAUGAUUUUAAACUGUUCAGUAAAGCGAUACCGUAUCUGAACUAAGACUUACACUUGUUUAUUUACCAAGGGGAAUUAAAACUGAAAAGAAAAAAGAAAAGCAACAGUAAGGUGACUGGAAGAUAUGAAUUUCACUGUACCUCGUAUUUAAUAACAACAAUGCAGGCCUCGAGAAAAAAUUGAUUUCCUGUAAAGGUGAAUUUAAAAGCUAUAUAAGAACCCCCACCCUCCUUUCCUUAGAGUCGCUUCCGCAAAAAAAAUCACUGAGACAAAACAUCAGUUGUGCUAAUUUCCAACAGUAGCAUGCUCGAGCGUGUCUAUCACAUUAUUAGCGACCAAUCACCCCUGCCCGUGACUAAGCAAGAUUUUAGGAUUAAGUCCUUGUCAACUGAUUGCUUUCCUCGACAUUUCAAGACUUGGGUGAGUUAUAAAUCGUGUAUUACACGACUUAUAGUAACUAGCUGGCUUGAGAGGAGUCCUUGUUUUCGCUAUAAUAUGUUUGGAGCCGAUUUAGCUCUACUUGACGAGAGCGACUACGCAUUAUUGCACUUCCAGCAUCAGUCAAAACGAAAGCAAAAUAUCUUUAAUUUUACCGCUAAGAUGUUUCCGUAUUUCAAGGGAUUGUAAGUUGACGAAAAAUCUUAUUUAAUCCCGUUUGUCAACCAAAGAAAUAAGAGCAACAAACCAAGCAGAACUUGUGGCUCCGUUAGUAAUACAGGCGCAUUUACUUUGUCAUCUACAGAUUGAUUCUUAGGUAUUGGCAUCAUUGUCGUUCGUCUCAAUGGCUGAAGUGCGAAUGCCUCGCGGAACUACCGCCCGUGCUCAUUUAAUUGUAGCCAUAAACAAAACUGCAUGAUCGACACUUCUAUCUGAACUUUGAUACAAUACCUACAUGUAUACCUCUACCUAUUUCCUGCAUUAGAAGCAAUGUACAGCAAUAAAAGCCGAUGAAGAUGCACAUGUAUGUAGUAGAAGUUUCAGACAAAAUUGCUAACGAUAUUCCCAAAAGGACAUUCCCAAAAAUGUCAAGAAACAAAUCAUUCUAUUUCAUAGCAAGGUUUGAAGCAAUUUAUAGUGUUUCCAAAACUAGAGUACCAGUACUGGUAAUCGGCUUUAGAUCUACGAAUUCGUAAACAUCGGGGCUUGUCUCGAAACUUCGAUAUGAUGGCGCGUUCUACCUCAAAGAAAUUCGUUUCAAAAUCCCAAAGCAAUUUCACAGCUGAAUUAUGAACGACUUUCUAAUUUAACGAUUUUUGUGGGAUUUAUAUGACUUAUAAAAGCUGAUACCUGAAUUUUCAGUCAAAAAUGUCAGAAAUUUUUUUAACCAGACGCGCUUUUCUUUGAACAGUAAGCUCCACUCAAUCGCUAAAGUUCGUAAAAUAAGCACCUCUAAGAAAAUAUAUAAAUUGGGCACCAUUUAGUUAUGGCAAAUAACACUGUGGCGUUCUACACUAUUUAUAUUAUUCUAUCAUUGCUAUUAUCAGUACGAAGGUAACUAACUACGUGUUUGGUGGUAAAGGCCUUUUUGUGUAUGUCACUCGCGAUGAGCCGUAACUUACCAGAUGUUUUUCUUUUUAGAGUCUGUUGAAUGAAAGGUACCGAAAGUUGUUUUCCUGUGUCAAGAUAUUUUCGUGUUUGACAAACUGAACAGUAUUUUACUGGUGGAAUUUGAAUGCAUAGAGCGUGCAAUUAGCUUUUGUUUUCUUGUUUUUCUUGGAAUGGUUUGCAUAAAAUAAAUUGUGAAGACAUCAAUUUUUUCAAGCACCUGCAAAUAAUAUUUUGCCAACAAUUCCAUGUAACGGUUGUUUACUUUCGUUGCCGAGGACACUCUUCUGCAAGAACUUCCACAAACUGUACGGUAAGAUAUAAGCUGUUAUCCUAGACUUAAUAAUAAUUUCCAUCUUUUCCACCUUUUGGGUCGGUCUUGUUGAGAAAGGAGAGGAAAGAGACUCCGCUUCAGUGCACUUAUGCAUCCGCAAGCAAAUUUUCUCUUGGUAUCAGUUCACUUUAGAAGAUUCUCAAAGAAAACCAUUACUGUCUACAACAACAUUUUAAAGAUGUUUCAAUCUGAUUAGGAAUUUUAAAAUCCCACAGACAAUUUUCCAUAAUUCGCAACGGGUUACAAGCAUUGGCAUUAUUGAUAAAGAGGACAUAAUAGCGAAAGCGGAAAUUGAUAUCAGCGUCGGAAUGAGUGCUUCCACUUAUUCAUCGACGAAAACAUAAGGUGACGGAAUUAAGGAUUAUACCGGCAAGCGCCCUUUAGUUUGGUAUCUUGAGUGAUACGAGCGCUGGCGAGUUUAAUUUCUUCGGUGGGAAAAGUCGCAGGGAAAACUGGAAUUCUGUCCAUUACAAGGGACUUGUAUGUUUCGAAAGUGAAUUAGUAAUAACCCGGCUACGAUCAAAAAUAAAUGCUUCCCGAAAUUCGUGAAUAAUCCCCAUUCAGUUAAGAAAGGAAUAGACCCAGCUUUUCAUUCAUGACGGCAAAGAAGAAAUGACAUUUAAUUUCCAGAGAACUGAUUCAAUGACUUGAAUAGGGCCUCGUUGCCAUAGCGAAAUCCUCCCCAGUACAUGUUAACAAACUGGAAUUUUGGCUUAAGUAUUUUAGCUGUCUCAUAUCGUUAGCUAGACUUGUACAAUGGCUAAGAAGAAUUACAAAUAAAAAUUAAAUUAAAACAUAUUUUCCACUCGAAAAUAAAUUCAUAGAAAGCUUAGUAUAUAAGUUUUCUUUUUUUUUUUUCUUGGAAUCGCCUAUAUUACAAAAUGAAUGUAUUUUCUAUGAAAAGAACCAAUUAUAAUAACCAGUCGACGUAAACACGGCUACCUGGGGGUUCGGCACUGUUACAAACUCUUCCAACUCUUACGUGAGCUAUUUUAUUGUAAACUAGAACAAUUAGUCAUUUCCAGCUUGAGUAGCAAGAAAGAAUCCUUGCAGCUUCUUCCGCACAAGAUAUUUUUCUCGCAUUUUACUCUUUAAACUGACAGAACUGAACAAACCGUCUUAAUCACUUAAUUAACUAAACGAGUCAGUUAACUUUCUUUACCCUAAAAAAGUGGCAGAAGCCUUGGGGCAGAAGGAACUUGAAUUUGCUUCAGUCUUACAAGGGAUCGUUAAAACUACGCACACUGAGACAUCAGUUUCUGCCACCAUUCAGUAUUGAUAAUGAAUAGCAUUAACCAUCGCAGCAAAAAAUAUGUAUGAGUACUCAGAGACUGAUAGAUACCCCUUCUAAAACCAUGGCAACGGUCUGUACGUCUCAGCACAGUGCCAAAUCAGUCCAAGUUUUAAAAUGUUAUGAAUGAAGAUGUCAGGGCAUUAAAAGACGCUUAAGAAAAACCUAAACACCCAAAAGAGUACAUCAGGUAUUUUGUCGAAAAAUUCUGAAACUUGUUAACUUAAAGCCAAAAUGACAUUAUGCCCUAACUCACUGUUCGUGGAGUUCUCGAUACGAUGAACAAGUAUUACCUACGAUUGUGAGGGUGACCUGUCUCCCGUGAUAUUAAUAAACUCGUGAACUCGUGAAAUUAGGGAAUAAUUUCACUCGUCACCAUCCGAUUACACAUAUGAAUGUCGUAGUGGCGGGAAAUAUGUUGACAAAUGUUAGAAAUUUUAUCAUUUUGCAAUCGGGAGAGGGCUUAACCUCCUUCAAUAAAGAUAACAGUGCUAACUUUUCUGGUGAGCCGGGGAAUACGCAAACAAACUUUAACUCAAAUCUCGUCCUCCAUUCUAAAGUCUCUAAUGUUGUAUUCAGCGAGGAAAAGUAAUAGUGUAGAAAUAUAUCAGUAACCUUCCUUUUUAAUUACGUAUUUUUAAAAGUGUACAAAUCCUACUGAUAUGACUUGCUUCAGAACAAAGAAACAAAAAGUCUGUGUGUGCUUGACUUUUAAGUAGUAUAAGUUAAGUAACAGUGAUGAAAACCAAAACUAUUUAAAAAUUAUAAAAGGCCCUCUUUAAAUAUAGGUCUUCAAUGAAUCUUUCCAAUGUUAUUUAGCUCAAGGUUCCAUACUUUAGGGUGCGUUUUAUUGAACGUAUUCCGGAAAAAGAAUACGCAAGACUUUAACAAAUCGUUUGAACCGUGAUUUUUCGACAACAUAAAUGCAAGCAGACUUAUGAUCACUUAUAGCCGAACACGAAUGAUUUGUAGAGUUUAUUCCAUUUAUUCUAAUUCCGAAAUAACGUCAAUGGCACAUGCCUUCAGGGGCACCAGCGCCAACCUGUCCUCCAAUGUUUAUGCAAGACAAUAUAUAGCUUUAUAUAAUCUAUGUAGUCACGGCUUUUACUGGUCUGUUAGACUUAUCAAAAGAAAUAAAAACUUGUGUGCAAUGGCUCAAAAAGUAGACUUACAAACUAAAAAAUGACAAAGGCAAAAAGAAUUAAUUAAAAGAUUCUUUUGGGAUAUUUUAUUAUGCAAAGCAUUUUCGUAAUUCACAAAACAGUAUUUUCACACUCAAAUUGAAAUUCAUAGAGCGCCGAAAUUUAAAAUCUAAAGCUGUUAUCCAUUUUUUCUUGGAAUCACUUCCAUACAAUAAAUACAAGACAAAGCAUCAAUAGCGCUGCGCGCAGUUAUUACUUAUAGACCCGAAACUCAGACAAACAAGCUGAAAUUAAUAUUAGCGAAUGCCUCACUUUUGUGAGACUUUCAGAAAUUGCAAAUUAGUCACUUUGACGUCAUUCGUGCGCUACGCUAUAGAUCCAAUCAGCAAGGAGCGUUUGCAUCACACGAUUACAUCAACGAAACGAUAACUAGCUUACCAUCUUUAUUUUGCCAACAAGUCCACGCUGCAGGCGUUUUUUACUUUCGUUGCAGCUAACACCUCUGCUAAGACUUCCACGAACUGUUAGGUGAGCCAUCAGUUUUUAUCCGAGACUAAUAAUUUCCAUCUCUUAAACAAUUUGUUUAAGUUUAUAGGUUUUGCUCUUAUCUAGAAAACAAAGGAAAGAGACUCUGCUUUAAAGCACGUCUGUAUUAUUUUCUCUUGGUAUCAGUUAAAUUAGAAAACCUUCAAAGGAAAACCAGUAGUAUCUUUAACUUUCCUCUUUAGAUCUGUUUAGGAAUUUUAAAACGCCACAACCACUUUUCCAUGUCGUAAUAGGUGUGAGCAUCAGUGUGGAUAAUAAAAUAAAUAAUAUAAAGAGCACGUAAAAUCGAAAGCGGAAAUAAUGAACGAGUUCUCAAAGAAAUCACUUGUCCAUCGACGAAACCUUUACGGGAAGGAAUUGAGGAGUAUAAAAUCAAGCCCCUAUUACUAAGGCAUUUUGUCGGAGAAAGGGCGCUCCGAGUUGAACUUCUCUCUUAUGGGAAAAGUCGCAAAAACGGGCAACACGAAAUUCUGCACAUAUAGGCGACUUGAAUUUACCGAAAGACAUCUGGAAUGUUGCAGUAAUGAACCAGCCGCGAUGAAACAAGUUAUGGCUCCUGAAGUUGGUGAACAUUCAAUCCCCAUCCACGAAAUGAACCGGCCCAGAUUUUCAUUUAUGACGGCAGAGUGAUUUUUCCGCCGGAGAAGAGCAUUUACUAUUAAGAUACAGAUAACUGAUUCACUGACUUAAAAAGAACCCCGUAGCCAUUACAAAAUCCACCCAGUGCAGUGCCUGGGUAAUGUUAACCAAAGAUAACUUUGGCUCAAGUAUUUUAAAAUAGUUCUUUUAUACCAUUAGACUUGUUCAGUUGUCAUAUAUCACCUAGAACUGAAAGUAAAAAUGAAAUUGAAAUUAAAAGAAUAUUUCCCACUCGAAAUUAACUAAAUUCAUAGAAAGCUUAGGCUGUCGAUUACUUUUUCUUGGAAUUGCUUAUAUUACAAAAUAAAAACAUUUUCUAGGACAAGGGUAAAUUGUGCCAAGCAAUAAUUAUUGCUGACGUCAAUAAGGCCAUCCGAGAGAGCGGCGGAAAUCGAGCUUUUUGACGAGAAAGGAGAGGAAAGAGACUUUGCUUUAGUGCACGUCUGUAUCGGCAAGAACAUUUUCUCUUGGUAUCCGGUUCACUUAGAAGACCCUCAAAGAAAACCAGUACUGUCUUCAACAAUCUUUUAAACAUGUUUCAAUCUGAUUACGAGCAACUUUCCAUUUGGCAAUGGGGAACAAGCAUCUCCUAUUCGGUAUUGAUAAAGAGCGCAUAAUAGCGAAAAAGGAAACUAAUAUCAGUGAAUGAGUGCUGAAUUAAGGAGUAUACCGGCAAUCAAGCACCUUAUAGUUUGAUAUCUUGAAAAUGAUAAGAGCGCUGGCGAGUUAAAUUUCUCCGGUGGGAAAAGUCGCAGGCAACACCGCAAUUCUGUACAUUACAAGCGACUUGCAAAUUCGAAAGUGACUUAGUAAUGAGCCGGCUGCGAUCAAAAAUAAAUGUUUCCCGAAAUUCGUGAACCUCUAAUCCCCCUUUAAUUAAGAAAUAAUGGACCCAGCUUUUCAUUCAUGACGGCAAAGAAGAAAUGACAUUUCAUUUCCUGAUAACUGAUUCAAUGACUUGAAUAGCAUCGUAACCAUAGCAAAAUCCUUCCCAAUGCAUGUUACGAACUGGAACUUUGGCUCACGUAUUUUAGCUGUCUGAUACCGUUAGACUUGUACAGUUACUAAAAGGAAUUAAAACUAAAAAUGAAAUUAACAUAAAAGAUAUUUUCCUCUCGAAAAUAAAUUCAUAGAAAAAUUAUUAUAUAAGUUUUUGUUCUUGGAAUCGCCUAUAUUACACUAAAUAAAUACAUUUUCUAAGAAAAGAAGCAAUAUAAUUGUAAUUUCACAAUUGCCAUGGCAACGUUCCGUACGUCUCGGUGCCAAAUGCGUCCACGUUUUCAAACGUUAUGAAAGAAUGUUUCAGGGCAUUAAAAGACGCUUAAGAAAAACCUAAACACACGAAAGAGAACAUCAAAGAGAAUUCUAACAUGUAGUUUGUCGAAACAUUCAGAAACUUGUAAACCUAAGCCAAAGGUAUGCCCUAAACUUUUCAGUGCGUGGAGUUCUCGAUACGAUAAACAAGCGACUACCCAUGAUUGUGAGGGUAACUUGUCACCCAUUUUGUCAAUAAGUAAUAAUAAAAACGGUAAACUCGUGAAAAUAGGGAAUAAUUUCACCAUAACGUCCUGGCAAACAAAAAACAAACAUAACUUCAUCUUCUGAAAAGAAACAGUAAAGUGACUGAAAGAUAUGAAUUUCACUGUACCUCGUAUUUAGUAACAACAAUGCCGGCCUCGAGAACAAAUCGAUUUCCUGUAAAGCUGAAUUUAAAAGCGAUAUAAGAACCCCCACCCUCCUUUCCUUAAAGUCGCCUCCGCCAAAAAAAUCACUGAGACAAAACAUCAGUUGCGCUAAUUUCCACCAAUAGCAUGCUGGAGCGUGUCUAUCACAAAAAUUUAGGAUUAAGUCCUUGUCAACUGUUUGCUUUCAUCGGCAGUUCGGUCUUGGUAACGAUCAUCUCCACAAAGACUUAGGUGAGUUAUAAAUUGUGUAUCAAGACCUAUAGUAACUAGCUGGCUUGAGAGGAGUCCUUGUUUCCGCUAUGAUAUGUUUGAAGCCGGUUUAGCUCUCUUGAUGAGAGCGACUGGGUCUUAUUGCACUCCCGGAAUCAGUCAAAACCGGAAAACAGAAAUGACUUUAAUUCUGUCGGUAAGAUGUUUCAGUAUGUCAAGGGAUUGUAAGUUGACGAAAAAUCUGAUUUAGUCUCGUUUGUCAACCAAAGAAAUAAGAGCAAUAAACCAAGAAGAACUUAAGGUGGCUCCGUUAGCAAUACAGGCGCAUUUACUUUGCGAUAUUUCGUAGGUAUUAGGAUCAUUGUCGUUCGUCCCCCGGGCUGAAGUGCAAAUGCCUCGCGGAACUACCGCCCGUGCUUAUUUAAUUGUAGCCAUAAACAAAACUGCAUGCUCGACACUUCUAUCUGAGCUUUGAUACAAUACCUAAUUCUUGAAUUAGAAGCAAUGUAAAGCAAUAAAAGCCGAUGAAGAUGCACUGCAAUACAUCAAAAUGUAUGUAGUAGUUGUUUCAGCCAAAAUUGCUAAGGAUAUUCCCAAAAGGAUAUUCCCAAAAAUGUCAAGAAAGAAAUCAUUCUAUUUAAAGGCAAGGUUUGAAGCAAUUUAUAGUGCUUCCAAAGCUAGAGUACCAGUUUUAAAGUAUACCACCAUUGGCAAUCGGCUUUUGAUUUACGAAUUCGUAAACAUCGGGGCUUGUCUCGAAACUGGCUCGUUCUACCUCAAAGCAAUUCGUUUCAAAAUCCCAAAGCAAUUUCACAGCUGAAUUUUGAACGACUUUCUAAUUUAACAAUUUUUGUGGGAUUUAUAUGGCUUAUAAAAGCUGAUACUUGAAAUUUCAGUCAAAAAUGUCAGCAAAUUUUUUUACCAGACGCGCUUUUCUUUGAACAGUAGGCUCCACUCAAUCGCUUAGAGUUCGUAAAAAAUAUUAACCGUAAGUAAAAUGUUAAUUUGCCAGUUUAGCAAAGUGGCCUUUUCAUAAACAAUUGGUAAACGUUACAACUUCUAAAAAAUUAUAGGCUUUUAUGUUAAGCACCACUAAGAAAAUGACAGGCAAACAGGGGUGAAAAGAAUAAAUAGGAAAUAAGAAAAAUAAAUUGGGCACCAUUUAGUUAUGGCAAAUAACACUGUGGCGUUCUACACUGUUUAUAUUAUUCUGUCACUGCUAUUAUCAGUACGAAGGUAACUGACUACGUGUUUGGUGGUAAAGGCCUUUUUGUAUAUGUACCUCGCGAUGAGCCGUAACUUACCAGAUGUUUUUCUUUUUAGAGUCUGUUAAAUGAAAGGUACCGAACGUUGUUUUCCCGUAUCAAGAUAUUUUCGUGUUUGACAAACUGAACAGUAUUUUAUUGGUGGAAUUUGAAUGCAUAGAACUUGGACAGCUUUUCUUUUCUUGUUUUUCUUGGAAUGGUUUGCAUAAAAUAAAUUGUGAAGACAUCAAUUGUUUCAAGCACCUGCUGAUAAUAUUUCACCAACAAUUCCACGUAACUGUUAUUUCCUUUCGUUGCCGAGGACACUCCUCUGUAAGGACUUCCACAAACUGUACGGUAAGAUAUAAGUUGUUAUCCUAGACUUAAUAAUAAUUUCCAUCUUUUCCACCUUUUGGGUCGGUCUUGUUGAGAAAGGAGAGGAAAGAGACUCCGCUUCAGUGCACUUAUGUAUCCGCAAGCAAAUUUUCUCUUGGUAUUAGUUCACUUAGAAGACUCUCAAAGAAAACCAUUACUGUCUACAACAACAUUUUAAAGAUGUUUCAAUCUGAUUAGGAAUUUUAAAAUCCCACGGACAAUUUUCCAUUUCGCAACGGGUUACAAGCAUUGGCAUUACUGAUAAAGAGGACAUAAUAGCGAAAGCGGAAACUGAUCAUCAGCGUCGGAAUAAGUGCUUCCACUUUAUAUUCAUCGACGGAAACACAAGGUGACGGAAUUAAGGAUUAUACCGGCAAGCACCCUUUCGUUUGGUAUCUUGAGUGAUACGAGCGCUGGCGAGUUAAAUUUCUUCGGUGGGAAAGUCGCAGGCAAAACCGGAAUUCUUUCCAUUACAAGGGACUUCUAUAUUUCGAAAGUGAAUUAGUAAUAACCCGGCUGCGAUCAAAAAUAAAUGCUUCCCGAAAUCCGUGAAUAAUCCCCAUUCAAUUAACAAAGGAAUAGACCCAGCUUUUCAUUCAUGACGGCAAAGAAGGAAUGACAUUUAAUUUCCGGAUACCUGAUUCAAUGACUUGAAUAGGGCCUCGUUGCCACAGCAAAAUCCUCCCCAGUGCAUGUUAACGAACUGGAAUUUUGGCUUAAGUAUUUUAGCUGUCUGAUAUCGUUAGACUUGUACAGUUACUAAGAAGAAUUAAAACAGUUACAAAAAAAUUAAAUUAAAUUAAAACAUAUUUUCCACUCGAAAGUAAAUUCAUAGAAAGCCUAGUAUAUAUAAGUAUUCUUUUUUUUUCUUGGAAUCGCCUAUAUUACAAAAAUAAAUAUAUUUUCUAGGAAAAGAACCAAUUAUUUCUAUUUUUCAGUUGACGUCAACACGGAUACGUGGUGGUUCGGCACUGUUACAACCUCCUCGAACUCUUAGGUGAGCUAUUUUCCUGUAAACUACAACAAUUAGUUAUUUCCAGCUUGAGCAGUACGAAAGAAUCCUUGCAGCUGCUUCCGCCCAAGACAUAUGUUUCUCGCAUUUUACUCUCUAAACUGACAGAACUGAACAAACCGCCUUCACUAAAAAAGUCAGUUAAGUUUCUUUAACCUAAAAACGUGGCAGAAGCCCGGAGGCAAAAGUAACUUGCAUUUGCUUCAAUCUGACAAUGGAUCAUUAAAACUACGCAGAUUGAAACAUCAGCUUCUGCCACCACUCAGUAGUGAUAAUGAAUGGCAUUAACCAUCGCAGCAAUAAAGAUACCCCUUUCUAAAACCAUAGAAACGUUCCGUACGUCUCAGUGCAGUGCCAAAUUAGUCCAAGUUUUAAAAUGUUAUGAAUGAAUAUGUAAGGGCAUUAAAAGACGCUUAAGAAAAUCCCAAACAGACGAAAGAGUACAUCAAGAAGAAUUCUAACAAGUAUUUUGUCGAAAAAUUCUGAAACUUGUUAACCUAAAGCCAAAAUGACAUUAUGCCCUAACUCACUGUGCGUGGAGUUCUCGAUACGAUAAACAAGUACUACCCACGAUUGUGAAGGUAACUUGUCACCCGUGAUAUUAUUAGGACGGUAAUAAAAUGGUAAACUCGUGAAAUUAGGGUAUAAUUUCACUCGUCACCAUCCGAUUACACAUAUGAAUGUCGUAGUGGCGGGAAAUAUGUUAACAAAUGUUAGAAGUUUUAUCAUUUUGCAAUCGGGAGAGGGCUUAACCUCCUUCAAAAAAGAUAACGGUGCUAACUUUUCUGGUGAAAAAACAACAUCAAUGAAGCUUUCCGGGUGUCUAUUUUUAGAGCCGGAGAAUACGCGAACAAACUUUUAAGUCAAAGUCUCCUUUUUACUUACGUAUUUUUAAAAGUGUACAAAUCCUACUGAUAUGACUUGCUUCAGAACAAAGAAACAAAAAUUCGGUGUGUACUUGACUAUUAAGUAGUAUAAGUUAAGUAACAGUGAUGGAAACCAAAACUAUUUAAAAAUUAUAAAAAGCCUCCUUCAAAUAUAGGUCUUCAAUGAAUCUUUCCAAUGUUAUUUAGCUAAACGUUCCAUACUUUAGGGUGCGUUUUAUUGAGCGUAUUCCGGAAAAAGAAUACGCAAAAGUCUUCUAACAAAUCGUUUGUACCGUGAUUUUUCGACAACACAAAUGCAAGCAGAUUUAUAGCCGAACACAAAUGAUUUGUAGAGUUUAUUGCAUUAAUUCUAAUUCCAAAAUAAUGUCAAUCGGACAUGCCUUAAGGGCCACCAGCGCCCCAACGUGUAAUAUGAGACAUUAUAUAGCCUUAUAUAAUAUAUGUUGUCACGGCUUUUACUGGUCUGUUAGACUUAUCAAAAGAAAUAAAAGCUUAUGUGAAAUGGUUCAAAAAGAAGACAAAAAAUGACAAAGGCAAAAAGAAUUAAUUAAAAGAUUCUUUUGGGAUAUUUUAUGAUGCAAAGCAUUUUAAUUCGUAAUCAGUCUCCAAACAGCAUUUUCACACUCAAACUGAAAUUCAUAGAGCGCCGAAAUUUAAAAUCUAAAGCUGUUAUCCGUUUUUUUUCUUGGAAUCACUUCGAUACAAUAAAUACAAGACAAAGCAUCAAUAGCGCUGCCCGCAGCUACCACUUAUAGACCCGAAACUCAGACAAACAAACUGAAAUUAACGUUAGCGAAUGCCUCACUUUUGUCUGACUUUUGUCAUUAAAAUCUCAUGUCUGCUUAUCUUUUGUCAUUAAAAAAAUGAGAAAAAUGACAAAACUCGGAUAAAAAUUUUAAAUUAGUCACUUUUUUAAUGACGUCAUUCCUUCGCUACGCUGUCGAUCCAAUCAGCAAGGAGCGUAAGCAUCACUUGAUUACAUCAACGAAACCAUAACUAGCUUACCAUCUUUAGUUGCCAACAAAUCCACGCUGCAGGCGUUUUUAACUUUAGUUGCAGCUAACACCUCUGCAAAGACUUCCACGAACUGUUAAGUGAGCCAUCAGUUGUUAUCCUAGACUAAUAAUUUCCAUCUCUUCCUCAAUUUGUUUAAGUUUAUAGGUUUUGGUCUCACUUAGAAAACAAAGGGAAGAGACUCUGCUUUAAAGCACGUCUGUAUGUAUUUUUUCUUGGCAUCAGUUAACUUAGAAAACCUUUAAAGGAAAACCAGUAGUAUCUUUAACUCUGCUGUUUAGAUCUGUUUAAGAAUUUUAAAACGCCACAACCACUUUUCCAUGUGGUAAUAGGUUACGAGCAUCGCGGUAUGGAGAAUAAAAUAAAUAAUAUAAAGAGCACAUAAAAUCGAAAGCGGAAAAGAUCAACGAGUUCUCAAAGAAAUCACUUGUUCAUCGACGAAAAUAUUACGGGAAGGAAUUGAGGAGUAUAAAAUCAAGCACUUAUUAGUUGGGUAUUUUGUCUGAGCAAGGGCGUUCCGAGUUGAACUUCUCUCUGAUGGGAAAAGUCGAAGAAAAGGGCAACACGAAAUUCUGCACAUAUAGGCGACUUGAAUUUACCGAAAGACAUUUGGACAGAUGUUGUAAUGAGCCGGCGCGAUGAAACAAGUUAUGGCUUUCUGAAGUUUGUGAACAUUCAAUCCCCAUUCGCGAGAAGAACGGACCUAGCUUUUCAUUUGUGACGGCAAAGUGACUCUUCCGCCGCAGACUAAGAGCCUUUAAUAUUAAGAUACAGAUAACUGAUUCAGUGACUUGAAAAGGACCGCGUAGCCAUUACAAAAUUCACCCAGUGCAGUGCCUGCGUAAUGUUAACCAAAGAGAACUUUUAAAGUGGCUCAAGUACUUUUAAAUGGUUUGUUUAUACCAUUAGACUUGUUCAGUUGUCAUAUAUCACCUAGAAUUGAAAGUAAAAAUGAAAUUGAAAUUAAAAGGAAUUUUACCACUCGAAAUUAACUGAAUUCGUAGAAAGCUUAGGCUAUCGAUUACUUUUUCUUGGAAUCGCUUAUAUUACAAAACAAAUAUAUUUUCUAGGACAAGGGUAAAUUGUGCCAAGCACCAAUUAUUGCUGUAAGGCCACCUGAGAGAGCGGCGGAAAUCGAGCUUGUUGACGAGAAAGGAGAGGAAAGAGACUUUGCAUUAGUGUACUUCUGUAUCCCGGGCACGAAUAUUUUCUCCUGGUAUCAGCUCACUAAGAAGACCCUCAAAGAAAACCAGCACUGUCUUCAACAAUCUUUUAAACAUGUUUCAAUCUGAUGACGAAUUUUGAAAACCCACCAACAACUCUCCAUUUGCCAGUUGGUUACAAGCAUCUCCUAUUCGGUAUUGAUAAAGAGCACAUAAUAGCGAAAGCGGAAACUAAUAUCAGUGAAUUUAGUGCUGAAUUAAGGAAUAUACCGGCAAUCAAGCACCUUUUAGUUUGGUAUCUUGACAACGAUAACAGCGCUGACGAGUUAAAUUUCUCCGGUGGUAAAAGUCGCAGGCACCACGGCAAUUCUGUACAUUACAUUCAAGUGAUUUGCAGAUUCGAACGUGAAUUAGUAAUGAGCCGGCUGCGAUCAAAAAUAAAUGUUUCCCGAAAUUCGUGAACCUCUAAUCCCCAUUUAAUUAAGAAAAUAAUGGACCUAGCUUUUCAUUCAUGACGGCAAAGAAGAAAUGACAUUUCAUUUCCUGAUAACUGAUUCAAUGACUUGAAUAGCAUCGUAACCAUAGCAAAAUCCUUCCCAAUGCAUGUUACGAACUGGAACUUUGGCUCACGUAUUUUAGCUGUCUGAUACCGUUAGACUUGUACAGUUACUAAAAGGAAUUAAAACUAAAAAUGAAAUUAAAGUAAAAAAUAUUUUCCUCCCAAAAAUAAAUUCAUAUAAAAAUUAUUGUAUAAGUUUUUGUUCUUGGAAUCGCCUAUAUUACACAAAAUAAAUACAUUUUCUAAGAAAAGAAGCAUGAAUAUCAUUAUAAUUUCACAAUUGCCAUGGCAACGUUCCGUACGUCUCGGUGCCAAAUGCGUCCAAGUUUUCAAAUGUUAUGAAAGAAUGUGUCAGGGCAUUAAAAGACGCUUAAGAAAAACCUAAACACACGAGAGAGAACAAAUGUGGCCUAAGGCAAAUCUCGACCACAUUUCCAAAUUUUAUUUUCUAAAAUUUUGACAAACAAAUAGCAUCAUGCGAAAGAACAGGCAGAGAGCUUUCAUUUGAAUGGUCACAUCAUAGGAUUUUGUCCACAGACUCAAAAGUUAGAGUCACCUUACAAAACUCUAUCAAAAACUCUGGCAGUGAAAGAGUUAAAGUAGGCUCUUGUUCAGCAGCCGGAAACAGGAGGAAAAUUACAGGAUAAUGUCGUCAAUCCCGAAUGGUAGUCACGUAUCUUAAGAAGUAAGAGCAAUAACUGCCAGUUGAUCAACGUUCUCCAGACCAAAACGUUUGAUGAACCACACUAGGGGGACAAUGAGCUGUUACUCAAAGCCGACCAUAAUUUCUCGUUACAGGGUUUGUGAACCUCUAAUACUUAUUUUUAAGGAAAAGCCAUUUCCAUGAUUAAUUCAGAUAUCUCACCAGCAUCACUAAGUUGUAGAAAAACUUUAACUUUUAGGCAAUAGGAAAUUCUUUUUCGUGUUUCCAUAGCCUGGAAUAAACACUGGAGGUUGUUUGGAGAAUUCAAGACAGUUAUCCAAACCCGAGGGUAGUGAAUUGCGCGGAGAACAUUCCAGAACUCUCCAAGCCCCAGAAGCUUUCAUAAUGUGGCUUGGCAAAAACAGGAAAAAUUUCUUAUUUCUUUUUUUAUAACAAUAACGUUAGUCAUCUCAAAAACACUGCAAACUGAAUCAGAUGUUUGACAAAUUUUUAAUCGUAACUUUAACCGGUCUACACCAGAACAAGUUCCACAGAUGAAAAAUUUGAGUCGCAAAUUUCUCUUCACUAGACUGGCGAAAAACCAUGUCCAUUUACUAAGGGAAAUUAAAACUGAAAAUAAAAAAGAAAAGAAACAGUAAGGUGACUGAAAGAUAUGAAUUUCACUGUACCUCGUAUUUAAUAACAAUAAUGCCGGCCUCGAGAACAAAUCGAUUUCCUGUAAAGCUGAAUUUAAAAGCUAUAUAAGAACGCCCACCUCAGGGUUUCCUUAGAGUCGCUUCCGCCAAAAAAAUCACUGAGACAAAACAUCAGUUGCGCUAAUUUCCACCAAUAGUAUACUAGAGCGUGUCUAUCACAUGAUUAUCGACCAACACCCCUGCCCGUGACUGGGCAAAAUUUUAGGAGUCCUUGGCAACUGUUUGCUUUCAUCGGCAGUUCGGUCUUGGUAACGAUCAUCUCCACAAAGACUUAGGCGAGUUAUAAAUUGUGUAUCAAGACCUAUAGUAACUAGCUGGCUUGAGAGGAGUCCUUGUUUCCGCUAUGAUAUGUUUGAAGCCGGUUUAACUCUACUUGAUGAGAGCGAGUGGGUCUUAUUGCACUACCGGAAUCAUUCAAAACCAGAAAGCAGAAAUAUCUUUAAUUCUGUCGGUAAGAUGUUUCAGUAUUUCAAGGGAUUGUAAGUUGACGAAAAAUCUGAUUUAAUCUCGUUUUUCAACCAAAGAAAUAAGAGCAACAAACCAAGCAGAACUUAAGGUGACUCUGUUAGUAAUACAGGCGCAUUUACUUUGCGAUAUACAGAUCGGUUUGAAGGUAUUGGCAUCAUUGUCGUUCGUCACCCUGGCCGAAGUACGAAUGCCUCGCGGAACUACCGCCCGUGCUCAUUUUGUAGCCAUAAACAAAACUGCAUGCUCGACACUUCUAUCUGAGCUUUGAUACAAUACCUAUACCUAUACCUAAUUCUUGAAUUAGAAGCAAUGUACAGCAUUAAAAGCCGAUGAAGAUGCAAAAUGUAUGUAGCAGGUGUUUCAGCCAAAAUUGCUAAGGAUAUUCCCAAAAAUGUCAAGAAACAAAUCAUUUUAUUUCAUAGCAAGGUUUGAAGCAAUUUAUAGUGCUUCCAAAGCUAGAGUACCAGUUUUAAAGUAUACCACCAUUGGCAAUCGGCUUUUGAUUUACGAAUUCGUAAACAUCGGUGCUUGUCUCGAAACUUCGAUAUGAUGGCUCGUUCGACGUCAAAGCAAUUCGUUCCAAAAUCCCAAAGCAAUUUCACAGCUGAAUUUUCAACGACUUUCCAAUUUAACGAUUUCUGUAGGAUUUAUAUGACUUAUAAAAGCUGAUACCUGAAAUUUCAGUAAAAAAUGUCAGCAAAUUUUUUUAACCAGCCGCGCUGUAAGCUCCACUUAAUCGCUGAGUUCGUAAAAAUGUUAACCUUAAGUAAAAUUUUAAUUUGCCCGUUUAGCAAAGUGGCCUUUUCAUCAACAAUUGGUAAACUUUCCAACUUCUAAAACAUUAAAGGCUUUUAUAUUAAGCAUCACUAAGAAAAUGACAGACAAAUAGGGGUGAAGAAAAUAAAUAGGAAAUAAGAAAAAUAAAUUGGGCACCAUUUAGUUAUCGUGGCAAAUAACACUGUGGCAUUCUACACUAUUUAUGUUAUUCUAUCAUUGCUAUCAUCAGUAGGAAGGUAACUAACUACGUGUUUGGUGGUAUAUGUCACUCGCGAUGAGCCGUAACUUACCAGAAGUUUUUCUUUUUAAAGUCUGUUGAAUGAAAGGUACCGAACGUUGUUUUCCUGUAUCAAGAUAUUUUCCUGUUUGACAAACUGAACAGUAUUUUACUGGUUGAAUUUGAAUGCAUACAGAGCUUGCAAAGAUUUUAUUUUUCUUGGUAUGGUUUGCAUAAAAUAAAUCGUGAAGACAUCAAUUGUUUCAAGCACCUGCUGAUGAUAUUUUGCCAACAAUUCCACGUAACUGUUAUUUACUUUCGUUGCCGAGGACACUCCUCUGUAAGGACUUCCACAAACUGUACGGUGAGCUAUAAGUUGUUAUCGUAGACUUACUACUUAAUAAUUUCCAUCUUUUCCAUCUUUUGGGUCGGUCUUGUUGAGAAAGGAAUUGAAAGAGACUCCGCCUCGGUGCACUUAUUUAUCCGCAAGCAAAUUUUCUCUUGGUAUCAGUUCACUUAGAAAACUCUCAAAGAAAACCAUUGCUGUCUACAACAACAUUUUAAAGAUGUUUCAAUCUGAUUAGGAAUUUUAAAAUCCCACAGACAAUUUUCCAUUUCGCAAUGGGUUACAAGCAUUGGCAUUACUGAUAAAGAGGACAUAAUAGCGAAAGCGGAAACUGAUAUCAGUGAAUGAGUGCUUCCACUUAUUCAUCGACGGAAACUUAAGGUGACGGAAUUUCAAGCACCUUUUAGUUUGGUAUCUUGAGUGAUAAGAGCGCUGGCGAGUUAUAUUUCUUCGGUGGGAAAAGUCGCAGGCAAAACUGGACUUCUGUCCAUUACAAGGGACUUGUGUGUUUCGAAAGUGAAUUUAUUUAGUAAUGACCCGGCUGCGAUCAAAAAUAAAUGCUUUCCGAAAUUCAUGAAUAAUCCCAAUUCAAUUAAGAAAGGAAUAGACCCAGCUUUUUAUUCAUGACGGCAAAGAAGAAAUGACAUUUAAUUUCCAGAUACCUGAUUCAAUGACUUGAAUAGGGCCUCGUUGCCAUAGCAAAAUCCUCCACAGUGCAUGUUAACGAACUGGAUUUUUGGCUCAAGUAUUUUAGCUGUCUGAUAUCGUUAGACUUGUACAGUUACUAAGAAGAAUUAAAACAGUUACUAAAAAAUUAAAUUAAAUUAAAACAUAUUUUCCACUCGAAAACAAAUUCAUAGAAAGCUUAGUAUAUAUAUUAAGUUUUUUUUUCUUGGAAUAGCCUAUAUUACAAAAUAAAUAUAUUUUCUAGGAAAAGAACCAAUUAUUUCUAUUUUUCAGUUGACGUCAACACGGCUACGUGGGGGUUCGGCACUGUUACAAACUCCUCGAACUGUUAGGUGAGCUAUUUUACUGUAAACUACAACAAUUAGUUAUUUCUAGCUUGAGCGAAACGAAAGAAUCCUUGGAGCUGCUUCCGCGCAAGAUACGUUUCUCGCAUUUUACUCUCUAAACUGACAGAACUGAACAAACCGCCUUCACUUAAUUAACUAAACGAGUCAGUUAACUUUAUUUAGCCGAAAAACGUGGCAGAAGCCCAGGGGCAGAAGUAACUUGAAUUUGCUUCAGUCUGACAAGGGAUUUUAUUAAAACUACGCAGAUUGAGACAUCAGAUUCCGCCACCAUGCAUUCAGUAGUAGUAAUGAAUAGCAUUAACCAUCGCAACAAAAAAUAUUUAUGAGUACGUACUCAGAGAAAUAGAUACCCCUUCUAAAACCAUGGCAACGUUCCGUACGUCAAGUGUCAGUACAGUGCCAAAUGAGUCCAAGUUUUAAAAUGUUAUGAAUGAAGAUGUCAGGGCAUUAAAAGACGCUUAAGAAAAACCUAAACAUACGGAAGAGUACAUCAAGAAGAAUUCUAACAGGGGGUAUUUUGUCGAAAAAUUCUAAAACUUGUAAACCUAAAGCCAAAAUGACAUUUGCCUUAACUCACUGUGCGUGGAGUUCUCGAUACGAUAAACAAGUACUGCCCAUGAUUGAGAGGAUAACUUGUCACCCGUGAUAUUAAUAGGUAAUAAAAUGGUAAACUCGUGAAAUUAUAAUUUCAUUCGUCACCAUCUGAUUACAAUUUUAAAACAAUCAUUCUUUGAAAUCGAGGUGAAUAGUGGCUAAAUAUUUACCGAGCCGCUUUCGCGGCUCGGUAAAUAUUUCCAAAGCCACUAUUUACCGAGAUUGAAAAGAAUAAUUGUUUUAGUAUAUACACACGAAGUGAUAUCAACAAAAUCAGAGAGGAAACAUUAAAAAGUACCAUUUGAUUGACAGAUCAAAUCACGCGUAAGUUUAAAAAUAGAUCUUUGCAGAAUUUUCAAACAUGGCAAUUCACAAGUUUAUCAUUUCGCAAACAAGAGCGUAAUGGCUUAAAUGGAACCACUAAAAGUUUGAACUGUUUCCUUACCAGAGAAGAAAAGUAGAGCUUUGUUGUUUUCUGUUGACUCGCCAAGUUUAUAGCCAAAAGGGUUUGUUGUGUCGUUCUUCGCAUGAAGUGCUGACAAAAAUGGCGGCUCCGUUGCUCGAGGUAAGACGUCGUCUUCCUGUACCACUCUUUUUCCUGUUUUCUUGAAACGUAGAAUUUCUGCAAACAUUUCCUUUUAAAUUUUUUUGUCAUAAAUAAACUUCGAUUUCUGAGCCAAAAUUUUCUUGUUAGAAAACGCUGAGUUCACGAAACGGCUUCUUCUACGCGAAUACACGGGAGUUGUAAACAAUCCAUUAAGCACAAAACCCAGCUGCAGUAAUUUGAAAAACGUCGUAUUGAAUCCUUCCGAGUCUUUUCUUGCCUUAAAAAAAGUCAGCCCUAGGAUUCUGUCGACUUUUAAAAGAUAGUUCUCUAAAAAAAUGGGAAUAACACCGAGCUCACACAUUAUCCACUCGCUAGGAGGUGAAUAUUUAACAAUUAUUCCACGAGGGCGCGUUGGAUAUGAGAUGAUAGCGUAGCGCCGAGUUGGCUAUAAUCGUCUCAUAUCCAACAAGCGCGAGUGGAAUGAUUGUUUUAUUAAAAACGCCCACAAAAUCUUGUUGAAUCUCCCCGACUAGAACAAACCGGAAAAGACAAGGGACUUCCGCUAUUCACAUGUCACACGUCUAUCAAAACUGUCAACGCGCGAACGGACUCGCCUGGACUGCAUGGAUGAAAAAUCAAAACAUUUUAGCGAUGAACAUUAGUUUUUUAAAAACUCAUCGGGAUUCUAGGAUUUUACACAGCAGAACAGCUAAAAAAAACCUGGCAGAUAAUGUGAAGGAAAAUAAUUUUUAAGUGACAGCCGUCGAAAUUACUGUGAAUUUGGAUUUUCGGUGCAGUUAUAAAAGUAAGAACAACGGAGAAAAACUAUAACCUCGGUCGCUUGUUAUGAAGUUGUUUGAAGCCACAAGCUGGUUUUGCUGAACGAGAAAAGAAGCUAUACUGCCGCCUCGAUUCCUCUAGUGAAUGGCUGCAUAGCCUGUAUUUGUAGCUGGUUAUUUGUGAUUUAUAUUCUUGAUGUCGGAUAAACAAGCCGCAAUUAUCUAUCGGCGAGUGACUCGAUCGGCGAAUGGCUUCGCGAUCAUGAAGAAACAACACUUGUCUUCUUUCGAAGCUGGUCAAGGUAGUUUAGUUCCAUGUGUUUUCAUGUGUUUUUCGACAAACUUUCAAACAAGCUCUUGUGGCUUUUUUGUUUGUUUUUGUCUUUUUUCUUUCGAUGAAAUUGCAUUUCUAGUAUUCUAAGAAAUGAAUUAAAACGAUUUGCUUCGGGCGCCGUUCUAUCCUUCGCGAAAAAAAAUCUCAGCUAGCUUCCAAUUUUAAACUGACGCGUACACCGACCAUAUAUGGAGAGCAUGGUAUAAUAGCUCAUAUACCAUAACGGCUAAGCCAAUCAAAAUGCUAGAUUGCAUUAUCCAAUGAUUCAGUUUUUAAUAACGUUGAAUAGUCCGAGAUAGCAAACCAAUCAGAUUGCUUAAAUCACCAAGAUCACUGAGUGUGUAUAUACUAAAUACGAAUAUCGUUGUGGCGGGAAAUAUGUUAGACGUUUUAUCAUUUUGCAAUCGGGAGAGGACUUAAUCUCCCUCAAUAAAGAUAAGAGUGCUAACUUUUCUAAUGAAAAAAAAAAGAUAAAGCUUUCCGAAUGCCUACUUUUAGAGCCGGAGAAUAUGCGAACAAACUUUAAGUCAAAUCGCGUCCUCGAAUAUAACGGUCUCUAAUCUCUUAUUCAGCGGGGAAAAGUAAUAGACCAAAGCAUUGUAGCAUUAUAUAACUAACCUUUGUUUUUAGUUACGUAUUUAAAGUGUACAAACCCUACUUGUAUGACUUGCUUCAGAACAAAGAAACAAAAAGGCGGUAUGUACUUGACUUUUAAGUAGUAUAAGUUGAGUAACAAAGACGAAAACCAAAACUAUUUUUAAAAAAAAGCCCUCUUCAAAUAUAGGUCUUCAAUUAAUCUUUCCAAUGUUAUCGAGCUAAACGUUCCAUACUUUAGGGUGCGUUUUAUUGAGCGUAUUCCGGAAAAAGAAUACGAAAAAGUUUUGUUACAAAUAGUUUGCACCGUGAUUUUUGGACAACAUAAACACAAGCAGAUUUAUAGCCAAACACGAAUGGUUUCUAGAGUUUAUUCCAUUUAUUCUAAUUCCGAAACACUGUCAAUCGGACACGCCUUUAGGGGCACCAGCGCCAACCCGUCCUCCAAUGUGUAAUAUGAGACAUUAAAUAGAUUUAUAUAAUAUAUGUAGUCACGGAUUUUACUGGUCUGUUAGACGUUAUCAAAAGAAAUAAAAACUUAUGUGAAAUGGUUCAAAAAGAAGACUUAAACACUAAAAAAGUCAAAGGCAAAAAGAAUUAAAAAGUUCUUUUGGGAUAUUUUAUUAUACAAGGCAUUUUUGUAUUUCACAAAAUAGUAUUUUCACACUCAAAUUUAAAUUCAUAGAGCGCGGAAAUUUAAAAUCUAAAGCUGUUAUCCUUUUUUUCUUGGAAUAACUUCCUUUUUUUCUUGGAAUCACUUGCAUCCAAUAAAUAUACAAGACAAAGAAGCACCAAUUGCUCCAAUCACCUGCAACAGAAAGGAGCGUGUGCAUCUCAUGAUUAUUACAUCAACGAAACAAAUUACUCAGGCUUAGCAUUUUUAUUUUGCCAACAAAUCCACGCUGCAGGCGUUUUAUACUUUCGCUGCGACUAACACCUCUGUCAACACUUCCACGAACUGUUAGGUGUGCCAUCAGUUGUUAUCCUAGACUAACAAUUUCCAUCUCUUCCACAAUUUGUUUAAGAUAAUAGGUUUUGCUCUUAUUUAGAAAACAAAGGAAAGAGUCUCUGCUUUGAAGAACUUCUGUAUUAUUUUCUCUUGGUAACAGUUAACUUAGAAAACCUUCAAAGAAAACCAGUAGUAUUUUCAACUCUGCUGUUUUUAUCUGUUUAGGAAUUUAAAACGCCGCAAAAACCACUUUUCCAUGUCGUAAUAGGUUACGAGCAUCAGCAUGGAUAAUAAAAUCAAUAAUGUAAAGAGCACAUAAAAUCGAAAGCGGAAAAGAUGAACGAGUUCCCAAAGAAAUCACUUGUUCACCGACGAAAAGAUACGUGAAGGAAUUGCGGGAUAUAAAAUCAAGCUCCUAUUAGUUAGGUAUUUCGUCUGAUCAGGGGCGUUCCGAGUUGAACUUCUCUCUUAUAGGAAAAGUCGCAGAAACGGGCAACACGAAAUUCUGUACAUUUAGGCGACUUGAAUUUACCGAAAAGCAUUUGGAAAGUUGUAGUAAUGACCGGCAGCUGCAUUUUAUGUAAGUUAUGACCUCCCGAAGUUCGUGAACAUUUAAUCCCCAUUCACGAAAAGAACGAGCCCAGCUUUUUAUUUAUGACGGCAAAUGGACUCUUCCGCCGGAGAAGAGCCUUUUACAUUAAGGUACAGAUAACAGAUUCAGUGACUUGAAAAGUACCCCGUAGCAAUUACAAAAUCCACCCAGUGCAGUGCCUGAGUGAUGUUAACCGAACAGAACUUUGGCUAAAGUAUUUUUAUUUUUAAAUAGUUGUUUUAUACCAUUAGGCUUGUUCAGUUGUCAUAUAUCACCUAGAAUUGAAAGUAAAAAUGAAAUUGAAAUUAAAAGAAAUUUUUCCACUCGAAAUUUACUUAAUUCAUAGAAAGCUUAGGCUGUCGAUUACUUUUUUCUUGGAACCGUUUAUAUUAAAAAUACCGUAUUUAUUCGAAUAAGCGCCCAAUCUCGAAUUAGCGCCCAUCCUUAAGGCAGAAAAGUUAAUAAGCACCCAGCCUCGAAUAAGCGCCCACUCCACCCGACUCCCUCCCACAAAAACUCCAAUUAGAGAUAAUAAGAGACCCUCCCGAAGACGGAGUUUCUUCAGAGUAUUUUACAGAAACCUUGCUUUGCUACAUCUUCGCUUUUUGUUAUUAGCAUUUACUCUUUUGUUGCAAAAUAUACUACUACACUUGCUGAGAAUGGUGAAAAUUUAAUAACCGCCCAGCCUCGAAUAAGCGCCCACCUCGAAUAAGCGUCCACUCUCAAGGUCCAAAAAUUUAAUAAGCACCUAGGGCGGUUA